AUGAAGCUCGUCCAGAAAUUGGCAGGCUUCCCCCGCCUGCUCCUAGCUGGGCAGCCUUCGAAGGUCGACCUCGGCAGGCUGCUACUGGGAAUAGUAUGUGCCAUUGCGUCAGGGGUCCCUUUUCCAAUCAUUGGGAUCCUGUUCGGCCAGCUUCUCGACGAUUUCAACGCUGUGACAUGUACCGAAACUAAAGCAGCUGGCUCAGAAGACGCCAAGUAUCAGGGUGACAUCAACAACAAGAUUCUAAUCAUCGUCUAUCUGGCUAUCGCUCAAGUGGUGACGAUCUACCUCCACCUUACAUGCUGGAGUCUGAAUGGCGCCCGACUGGCGCAGCGACUGCGAGAACGCUAUCUGCAGAAUCUGGUUCGACAAGAGCCGUCGUACUUUGACAGUUUGCCUCCCGGCGAAGUCGCCUCGCGUCUGAAUGGAGAUAUCCAGGCAAUUCGCUCUGGCACGUCGGAGAAAGUGGGAAUCUGUCUUUCUAGUCUUUCUUUCUUCGUGACGGCAUAUAUUGUUGCGUUUAUAAAGGACUAUAAACUUGCAGCAAUGCUUAUAUCCUUGAUUCCCGCCUAUUUCUUGAUGUCAUUCGUUGGAAGCCAUUAUAUUGAGAAAUACUCCGGGCGCAUGUCUGACUAUGCUGCGAGUGCCGCAUCAAUUGCCUCCGAGGCGCUGUCCAACACUGUUGUGGUACAGGCAUUUGGAGCCAGUGCCCGGCUGGAGAAGAAAUUUGCCAAGGCCCUUAAAGCCUCUGAGAGGGAAGGCUUGAAGAAAGCUGCUGCGGUGGGUAUACAAUCUGGGUUUUUGUAUUUCAUUGCAUAUUCGGCAAAUGGCCUCGCCUUUUGGCAGGGAAGUAGACAAAUUGCGGACUCGGUGGGUAAAGACUCUCACGCAGCCACCGUUGGUGCUAUUUUUACAGUCAUUUUUAUAUUAGUGGAAGCAACUUUGCUUCUGAGUCAAGUCGCUCCGUUCAUUCACUUGUUCACUGCAGCCGUUGCUUCUUUCGAAAAGCUACGGGAGGACAUUGAUCGCGAGCCGCUCAUCGAUGGAACUACGGAUUCAGGCCAUCGUCUGUCCCAGGCUGAAGGUGGCUUCGAGUUUAUAGAUGUCUCAUUUACCUAUCCCUCUCGGCCUGAGAUCACUGUCCUUGAUAGAGUUUCUCUUAGUAUCCCCGCCAAGCAGCACACUGCCCUAGUUGGACUUUCGGGAAGCGGCAAGUCGACCAUAGCGGGCCUGGUCACCCGGCUGUAUGACCCAACAGAAGGGCAAAUACUUUUUGAUGGCCAUAGUCUUCGUGAUCUAAAUACGCGCGACUUGAGGGGUUUCCUUAGUCUGGUGCAGCAGGAGCCCUCCCUUCUCGAUCGAUCCCUCCUAGAGAAUAUUGCGCACGGUUUGAUAAAUUCUAGCGAUCCUAGCCAUGCACACUUGAAGACGACACUUGUCGGAUCUGAUCUGGCCGACCUAGCAAGCGAGGUCAGAGAGGGCAACGAUAUGAUGGCAGCAGCGGAGAAACGAGGCCCGGAUUUUGUUGAGAUUGUACGUCUGGUCCAACAUGCUGCAAUUCUUGCAGAUGCGGAUACGUUUAUCAGUGCGCUGCAACAUGGAUAUGGCACGAUGGUGGGCUCCAGUGGUCGUCUGAUUAGCGGCGGACAGAAGCAGCGUGUGGCGCUUGCUAGGGCCCUGGUAAAGGAUCCUCGAGUCCUCAUCUUGGAUGAAGCUACCGCCUCCCUGGAUUCACGAAGCGAACAGCGUAUCCAGAAGGCGAUAUCCAACAUCGCAAGUGGCAGAACGAUGAUCACCAUUGCGCAUCGUCUGUCGACUAUUACCAGCGCGGACAAUAUUAUCGUGAUGAAUAGGGGACAUAUUGUAGAACAGGGAAACCAUUCGACCUUGAUGGCUAAGAAUGGAGCGUAUGCCGACCUCGUGAAGUUGCAAACCCUUGGGUCUGCGUCCGGAAAGGAUGACACGACAGUGAGCAUCAACAGUGUCAGCAAAUCAGACCAGGGAUCUUUAACAGAUGUUGAUAAUGAAAAGACCAGCCUUACUAUUGACGCGCCUGGAGAUACCGAAGAGGUAAUCACCCCAACAGAUGAAGCUGCUGGAAAGUCUGCAGAGGAAGAGGACGACCCCCCAACACCGCAUAAGUCUCUGUGGGCUCUUAUUCGAGGAUAUGCACCUGCUCUUAGACCACAUCUACUGAUCAUCUUUGUCGCACUGCUUGGUUCCAGCAUAGUUGGUGGAGCCUUCUCUGGUGAAGCUGUAAUCUUUGGAAACACCGUCGGAAGCCUUAACCCGUGUCACAGUGCGGAUAGUAUUCGGUCUCGGGGCAAUCUAUUUGGUUUAAUGUUCUUCGUUCUCGCCAUCAUAGAAUUCUUUGCCAACAUAAUCAGCUGGUCUGGAUUCGGCACUGUCUCUGAGAAAAUUGUGUACACGGUCCGGGUCUUGUCAUUCCGGUCUCUAUUUGAGCAGGAUCUCCAGUGGCAUCAGUCGGAAGGCCGAACCCCUGCCUUGCUGCUAUCCUAUAUCACUCGGGAUGGCAAUGCUUUGGCUGGAUUAAGCGGUUCGGUCAUUGGCACCUUAUUCUCCAUCUCCGUGAACCUCGUCGCAGCCAUUAUUUUGACCCAUAUUAUUGCAUGGAGGAUCGCAUUAGUUUGCCUGGCUUUAGUACCACUUCUCCUCGGAGCCGGCCUUAUGGAACUUCGAGUCCUUGGAAAAUUCGAGGAACGUCACGAAAAUGCAUAUACCAAGUCUGUCGACAUUGGAGUGGAAGCCAUCACGUCCAUCAAAACAAUUGCAUCUCUUUCCCUGGAAGAGGCGACGCUGAAAACCUAUAGAAAAUCCUUGCAAGGCCCGCGCAAAGAGACCCUUCAAGUGACCCUGCAAGCUAGCCUGUGGCAGGCCAUGACCUACUUCCUUGGUAAUCUCGUCAACGCCUUGGCCUAUUGGUGGGGUUCUAAACAAAUUAUCGCCGGUAACUACACCCAGACGCAAUUCCUGAUCGUUGUGUUUUCGCUUCUUGUCAGCGCACUGCUUUGGAGUCAAAUGUUUGCUCUUGCCCCGGAGCUGUCCAGCGCGCGAGCGGCGAUGGCAAGAAUCUUGGGCCUUAUUGAAAUCGGGUCGAAUAAGAUGCAAGGACGCGUGCCUAAUCAUGCAGUCCUGGAAUCUUCCAACGAGAAAGAUCUCGAAGCCACGGCGCAGAAGACUUCAUCGAGCAUCUCUGGCAGCCAUGCGUCCAGCGUGCAGCUCCGCGACGUCCACUUUUCAUACCCCGCUAGGCAGGACAUUAAGGUCUUAAACGGCUUGAAUGUUGAUAUUAAACCCGGGAAAUUCUGUGCUCUGGUCGGACCCAGCGGUGCCGGGAAAUCAACCAUUAUAUCCCUGGUUGAACGGCUGUAUACUCCCCAGUCUGGGUCUAUCCUGGUAGAUGGCGUCGAUGUGACCGCCCAGCGGGAUGUUUCGUUCCGCGACACGAUUGCAUUAGUACCGCAGGAGAGCGUGCUUUUCGAGGGGAGCGUGGCAUUUAACGUCGGUCUAGGUGCUAAACCAGGACAGGAAGCCACAAUGGCCGAGAUCGAAGAGGCCUGUAAACUGGCAAAUAUCCACGACGUGAUCCAAGCCCUUCCUGAUGGGUACGAGACUUUAUGCGGACCCAACGGCAGUCAAUUCUCAGGAGGCCAGAAACAAAGACUGUCGAUUGCCCGAGCACUCGUUCGAAAGCCAAAACUGUUAAUUCUGGACGAAUCUACCAGUGCGUUGGAUGCUGAGUCUGAGAAGCUCCUCCAGGAUGGACUGCAGAAAGCAGCACGCGGGAUUACGGUCAUUGCGAUUGCGCAUCGACUGCACACGAUCCGACAAGCUGACGUCAUUUUUUUGAUCGAUGGAGGCCGUUGUGUGGAUCAUGGAUCGCAUGAAGAAUUGCUUGAACGGUCGGAUAGCUACCGGGCCAACGUUAUGCAUCAAACUGUUGCUGAGUGA